GAAGGGUUAUGACAGAUUACCAGUAAAACGGCGUUGAAUUCUCUUUCCCAGAUGCAGAAUAAUUGAAAGUUAAUAUAACGUUUCGGAUGAAAUCAAAACCAUGUUGCAACAAUUUCUCAACGUUGACAACGACUCUUGCUAUCUGUCAGUGCUUUUCACAUCCAUGGUUGUGACGUUACUUCUUUAGAAUUUUCACUGGUUCACAAAGGACUAUGAGAUGUACGUGUUACGAUCGCUACCAGCAAAUUCAAAGAACACACUUUUCAACCGACGAGGGAGCGCUUCUGCUUGCCGCGGAUGAUGCACAGCAAAAACGGAAACAUUAUGCAUGAUAUAAUGAUCUUGUAUUUUGAAAAUGAAAUAAAAGUCAUAGUAAUAAUAUUGAAAAGUGAUAUCUUAAUACACGUAUUUGUAUAAAUGGAAGUGCAUAAUGUAAUGAAGUACAUUACCUAUGUGCGCACCUGUCCUCAUUCGGAUUCCUGGAUCUGCCCCCCUGAGUGGAUACAUCUUUCGAAAAAAAAACCGUCUUACACGCAUUUAGGCUACUUUAUCCAUUUACCGGCUGGAUGAAGACAAUUUGUUCUCAAAAACGUUUUAACUUGGUAAAUUAAGGAAAGUUUCACCUGUGAAAAUAGAAAUUUACUAAAUGUGUACAUGCGAUGCGUAUAAAACUGAUGUGUUGAAUCCAACAUUACAAGAGUGCAGUCAGAGAUCACUCUUUGAAAGUUUAAAUCCAACAUUUCAACAAGUUAAACCUUGAAUUGUAAACAUCAUGUCCAACAGUUAAAGACUUUAUUCAACAAUUUAAGUGUUCAACAUUUCCCCCUCGAUAUUGUUAUGUCAUCAUUUAAAUUGUUGAAUGAACAGUUUAUAUGCUGAAUUGAUAAUUUCAGAUGUUGGAUUUAACUUUUAAAACGUUUGAUUUUAACACCUUUUUAGAGUGGUCAAAGACCGCAUUAUCGUUAAAUAAUGGAUUCAACACUUCAGUUUUUAGAGUAUACAGUUGGUAAAAACCAAAAUUACGGGGCUCAGUCAAUUUUGUGUAAAGGACCACACUUAGUCUGAGUGUCAGUUUGUGGCGUCGCUGACUUAAUUAUGCUGUACCAGCCAUGUGUUAUGAGUUACUGGUCAUUUGUGUUUUGGCGUUCUGCAACUUUUUUUUGAAUCCCAUCAAUUCUGAACAAGUGAACGAAUGCAGUGAAUUCGUGUCAAACGUUUCAGAACACUUUUCUCCAAAUUGUAAUUUAUUCCACAAAAUGCUUUUGUUAAUUCUUUAAAUUGCCCUUCUUUUUUGCCAGUUGCACUCCCAUGUUGUGUUAGCGCAUGAAUUACAGGCAGUGCAAGGUUUCGCGAUAUGAAACCAAAAAGAAUACAGAUGUGUUAGGCCUAGUUCAAGGUGGGCAAGACGGUGACGAAAUAUAAUGCCAUAGAAUGUUUAUGCCUUUUUUGAUCUUUCUUUUAAACUGCGUGUUUAUUGAUGACUCCUCCUCGAGGAUCACCGUAUGUGGACCUGGCUUGGUCCACUCCGGUUUCUAAAAACCUGUAUUGUGUGGACCUUUGUUCACAAUUUUGUUGAAACUUAGCAUGCAUGUACAGACACUCCUUAUCAUCACGAAGUUUGAACUCAGUCAGAUCAUAGUUUUGUUUAAGUCAUUUGAAGUUCAUGGCUAUAUGUGUGCCGGUAUGUACGCGUGCAUUGAGCACUGCAGUGGAAAUACGUUUUGGGCAGACCCGUCUCGGAAAAAUGCGUGCUGCGCGAGAACGGUUCGAUUUUUGCAAAAAUGGUGUCAAAAUGACCGCGCAGAAUUGCUCUGAAAACUCAAAGGCUCAACUUCUGAAAAAACUGCACCUCGGCGAUGUUGGAAAAAAAUGUCGAGGGGGCAUUCUGCCCCUGGCUCUUUUAGGGUAAACCUUAAUUAUUUUUUUUGCAUCGUGUAUUUGCAAAUGAGGUCAAGUCCGAAAUAACCUCAAAAUACGUUUUUUUGGUUUCUCACAGAAAGUGGAGAUUUGAAAAGAGCAUCCCUGGAACGUGGCUGUCAGCUUUUCGAUUCCCUUCCAUGCCUCGAUCGCUACGCGUACGUCACAGUAGCUUGUCGGCUUGCAGCCUGCUUGUUGUUGAUAUUUAGCGCCCUCAUGGGCAUGGAACUGAAAACGCGAUUUUCAAGAUCCAUGAUCACGCGUACGCGCGUACUGUACAUAUGUACAUGUCUAUGUACGUACGUACGUACGCGUACGUAUAUCCUGCCGAGACGAUAGCACAGGUUGGUGAUAUUCGCGCAAGUCUUAAGCCGAUCACCAUGACUUAAUCAUUGCCUCAUUUGGCAGGGAUUGUUGGAAUAGCUUUGCCAACUGCCAACAGUCAUUCAUUAUAUGCCCUGAGGAUGUGUUCAGUACUCAGCACUGGAAGCUAAUCAGCUGCUGUCUGUGAGAAACCAUCUCCUAGUCUGUGGGUGUCUUGAUAAUAUUUUAGCUGGAUGUGACCAGGAUUUCAAGAAAGCAGCCCCGAUGCCAUCUUUUAUGGAUCUUGUUAACCUCUAAUUACAUCUAAUAACCCCCACAAAGAAUCUUCAACGGCAGUAGGGAUCCAUUACUGUUUAAUUUCAUGCCACAGGACGGCUCCGUGCCUUGCAUACGCCUGUAAUUCCAUUUCUGCACACGAGGUGGGGAUGGUCACCAUUGAGGCAGGCGCACUGCCAUCCCUCAACCCCGAUUUUGGUGUUGGGACGCCUGCACGUGCACGCUGACUUUAUGGGGCACUUGGGACAUGUGCCAGUGGUCUGAUAUCCACCUGACUCAUUAAAUGAGUUGUUUCUUCAGGUACAUGUACUAUACACUCAGUGUUGCUCUGGUGGAGAACUGGUGCUCCUCUGGUGGGGAGGAAUCAUAGCCAGAAUUUGCUGUCGUGACCGCACACCAGACUUGGAUGACUGGGAUGAUCACACUAACAUGUGUCAGUUCACCGUAAUGAAUUGCCAGCUUAGAGUGAAUGUCUCUACUUCUCAGCACUCUGCAGAUGACAGAUGAUUCAUGGGCAGCAAGUCUUAAGUUCACCGCUGAAAACAUGCUAUUAUAAAGGAUUGCUGCACCAAAAUUGAACAGUCACUCUGAACCGGUACUCCCUGACAGUACUGCAGCCAGCUGCUACUAUGGGCAUGACCAUAAGACUCAACAUCAGAGCACUGGUGUACAUCCUGGUGAUCGCCAUGGUGCUCCUGAUGUUGGACUUGCUGUUCAUGAUGUCCCUGGGCCGCCACAAGGCCACCAUUGUCAAAAGCUCAAUUGACAUGGACGAAGCGUGGCUUCGCUUUGACCAACAGAACUUGGGUCUGACCAAUUCGGCGCAGGGAGUCCUUCAGUGCCAGCGUAUUCUAUUAACAGGGAAUCAUGACCAGUUAUGUGCUGGAACCAAGCCAGAGGUGGACUCAGGACCAGGCCACACCAGAGGAAACAUCGGUGGUGGUGUAAAGAUUGGGGGCACGGUAGCUGUACCGAUAAACCGCCCGCUGGACCAUUCCGGUAGUGGGGCAACAAAACCUGCUGCAAAACAGCACCAGACUUGGGCACAGGCAGCCCGCAAACCUAAAUUAUCACCAAUCGUUCAGAAAGCGGUAGACAUGAGCACUGCCCUGGCAUCUCCCAAUGUUACUUGUAUUCCUGAACGCUCGAGGAAUAGAAUGCUCAAUGUCUAUGGCGAGAAGUUUAAUCUGAGUAUACCUCCAUUUUUAAACAUGGACUUUGAAAGAGAACCUCACAUCUUAGAUUUACCCUUUCCAUUUGGUGUACAAGAUUCAACAAAACUAGUGAAAGAAACAUUGGGUAUUGCUUGGAAUACAAGUUUACCUUUUAUAUCUAAAAGUAAAUCCUGCCUACGAUGUGUCAUUGUCGGAAACGGCGGGCUAAUAAAAGAUACCUCAUUAGGAAAAGUUAUAGACAACUUUGACGUAGUUUUAAGAAUAAAUGACGCACCUACCAAAGGGUAUGAGAAGGACGUCGGCUCCAAGACGACGAUGCGAAUGUGCUACCCGGAGAGCGCCUUCACUAAGCCAGAGCAGUUCCAUGGCAACUGGCUUCUCCUCCUGAUGGUGUUCAAGCCCAUGGACCUGACGUGGCUACAGACAGUGGCCCAAGGCAAGAAGAUGACAAAUCAGAAGGGCUUUUGGAAAAAGAUUGCCUCAUCUGUGCCCAAGAAGCCAGAAGAUUUCCGCAUUCUUAAUCCAUCCAUUUUACGGGAGACGGGCUUCGACAUCAUCGGGUUUCCGGUGUCUGCAGACGGGAAAGUUGGCAAGAAUGUGCCAACGUCUGGCUGCUUGGGCAUCAUGCUGGCACUGCGUUUCUGUGACGAGGUAGCCAUCGCCGGCUUUGGCUAUGACACGUCCAUCCCCAAUGCCCCGCUCCACUACUAUGACAAGCUCAAGAUGAAGGAGAUCAAGCGGUCCUGGACGCAUAGCGUGGACAAGGAGCAGAAGAUGCUCUUUGACCUGGUGGACCAAGGGGUCAUCCAGGACCUAACGGGAGGCUUAAUAAGGACGUAGCAUUGGAUGAAGGAAAUAACUAAAGUUAAUUCUCUUGUGCGUCAGCCUCUAGCAUCCUUUUUUGUAACUUGCCCCUUUCGACACAAGCGCACAUCACAGUAUGACAAAGGUAGUUGGCUUGGUCACUGUUGAAUAGGACUCUCAUGAGGAUUGGAAUGUGCGCUAUGCCAUUUAGCACUUGUUGCAGGACCACCGGGAACUAGACCCAGGAGUACACCGGUGAGAAGGCAACAAAUUCAUGAGAGGCUGUUUGCCAGUCGCAGGGAAUUCCUCUUUUGUUGAGGGAGAAGCACCAAAGAAGAGAGAAACUGACGGACCAAACUUUCGUAGGAAAUGUCAGAGUGGAGGGAAGAUGCGAGCGAACAUGAUACAAGAAAGUGUGCCAGACACCUCAGCCUGGUCUCUGUAUAUAUCUGCAAGGGGCCUGUGUGACGUCGAUACUCAUUUUUUUACAAGGAAAUGCAGCUUUUAACAAUGUCACUUAGAAGUUGCUCAUUGAGAGGGAUGAAAUGUGGUAAGCACUCAAAAGACGGCAAAGCCUGUUUUACGACAAAGCAGAUAUCAGGGUAUAAGUACUCUAGUUUGGGUCAGAAACAUGUUUCACUACCAGUGUGUGCUUUUAUAUAUACAUGUAUACAUAUCCAUGUCAGUGGAUGGCAUAUUUAUUUGGAUAAAUGUGUGCUUUUUUGUUGUUGUUGAAGAUUUACUGUAAUGUGUUUCAGUUUUAGCCACCUUUCUAAGUCCCACCUGAACUGCAAAAGUAGGUGUGGUUAAGACUUCAUCUCACACUGUCUUGAACUUGGGGAAAGCAAAGGCAGGCAGAAUUCAACAGUUUACAUGAUGGAGAUCGUGGAAACAGCUGCGACAGUGGGACCAAUUCGGUUCACAUUCUGUGUAAAUGUGAAUGCAGUGAUGACCAGUUUGCCUCAAUCAGGGAAUUGUACGUAGCUGAAUGGACAGCCAGUGCCUGUCUCUCAUACUUGUAUAUGUCCUCAGAGUAGCCGAGAUGUUUCUGUUAAGGGGCCUCCUCCAUGACCGCCCACAUACCGGUACCAUCCACUUCAGGGCAGGCACGAUUGUGGGCAGGUCUUCAUCCACCUGCAAACUCAUCCACAAUGCCCAUCACAUGUCCUUUCUCCAGUCCAGUCUCAAGUCCCUUUCAUAUGACCAAUCACAAAUAACAAGACGAACAGUGACUAAAGAAUGCUUUUGUCAGAGUUCAGUUGAGUAGCUCUGGAGUGGACAUGUGACUGGAUGGCUUAUGAGGAACUUAUGAUGGACUUAACUGUAGCACUGUCACCUACCUAGGUACGUAUGUUAAAAUGUUUCACAGUUCUUACAUUUAACAUCUUCAAAAAAGUUCCUCUUUUUUUUCAAGUCAUCAUUUAUGUUUUCAUACAGUCCUCCUUUAUUCCUUGUUUCUCUCUCGGAUCAUAGCAGAGUACAAAUUUCCCCGGUAGUUUUGAUAUCAACGGAUCAGUUCUGAUAUGAAACCAGUCUGUUGAUGAAAGUUGAUGUGAUAUCAUACCAUUUAAACAGGGAUGUGCAACUGCAAAUAGCUCCAGUGCAAAAACACAUUAUGUCAUCUCUGUUCCCUGUGUGUUACAGAGUGUUCUCAACUUUUCUCAAGAGAACUUGCGACCAUGUGGCACACGUUCACAAGUUUCAAUUUACUUUGGUUUUGUUUUGACAAAUCACUUUUAGAGGGAAAAGAAGUACAUGCAGAAAUUUUGAUCAGGUUUAUAAUCUUUCUUGCCCUCUGAGAUGAAAUGAAUCAGUUUCAUUGCCAGAGUAAUCCUUGGAACAUGCGUGACUGGGGCUGCCAUUUUGAAUCCACAAGUCUUUACUGCCUUUUACAUUUAUAACCAAAUAUUCAUAAAAGUAUCGUGCAUUUUUCUUGGAAGUGGCCCAGAAUUAUUGUUUCACUCUUUUAUUGAGGACGUAGUUUUGCAUUCAAAUACAACUUUGAUAUGUUUUUGAUCUAUCUAACUGGCUAAAAUUAUUUUAAAACUAAAAACAAGGAAGUAAUAGUUUUGUCAUUGCCAUUUACAAAUCUAGAAAAUAUCCAACAGACCGACACUAGUAUUAUGCGGCAUCUACAUGUACUUGGAUAAUAUUUUUGCCAGCCCUAGUUGGGAUGUUUCCGAAAUUGUACACUGCAGGAUGCCCUAUUUUACUGUUUUGUUAUGCAUUAUGUAUGUUUAUGAGAGUAUUAUAACAAUAUUUAAAACUUUUAUACAUAGUUGCAAAUAAGAUAUAUACCCUUGAUUUUCAUUUCACCCAUCAUGAAACCCAACAGAAAAUGGAAUCUUGUUUUAACGAGACAACUUUUUUCAAAUUUGUGGUACAUUUUUCUUAGGAUGUAAUAGAUAAAAUAUCUUGAGUAUCAUAUUUUAUGCAAGGUUAUACUCUUGACUUAAAACAAAUAUGAGAAGCAAACCAAAUGGCGGAAAGGUUCAGAUGUACAGACAAUCUGAUUUCAUAUACUUUAAGUACUCCUUCCUGCAAGGAGUAGACAUGAUUUUUACUGCAGCUUCGCGUGCGUGACAUCACUGUUAUUCAUCGAAGACACUCUCUGGCACUGCUGUGGCUGGAGGCGUUAUGUAAUCCGUUAUGUUAAUGGAAUUUCUCAUUAUUUUGAUACUUUGGCGGCUGUAACACGCACUGAACCAGCUCUGAACUAAAGUUGCGCAUCCCUGUCUAAAUGUUCUGCAGUUUGGUCAACCUGUCGUAAAUUUGGUUUACCGAAGAGGAUUUUAAGCCAGUCUAACAAUUUGUUUCGUCAUCAGUGAACUUUUUUUUUUUAAUUUUAGCAUUUGCCAUCAAGACCAAAAAAUGCAGGGAGGGGAUAGUAUGUCGUAACAGUAAAGAUGCUACGGUAGUUAACCAUGUGUAUUUUUGUUGGGAUGAAAGUUACAGGCUAGUGACAUAGUGAUCAAGGAGCAGCUGGCUUGAGUGACUUGGUACACAUUCUAGUUUUCUUCUUUUCUUGUGGUUGUGCUUUGAAGUUACCUUCAUUUCCUUUCUUCAUGGAUAGGAAUUUUUUUAAACUUGGAAAAUAAAAGGGCAGGAUGGGAACAGAUUCAAGUGCAAUAAUACCAUGGAUCAUCUAAAAUAGUUUGGUCACAAAUUAACUUUUGAGCCAUUUUAAAGUAUUAAUACAAUAAGUUCAAGGUACAUGUAAUUUCACAUAGUGAUAAUGAACCGUCUUGAAAGAUGUGGUUGCUGAAGGAAAAAACUACAGACUGAUUGCAGCUUGAAAGCAGGAACUUUUACUGUAAUUGUCUGGAUUCCAGACCCUUGUGAUCACAGUGGGUACAUACAUGUACAUUUCUAUCGUUUGCCUCACCAACUAUGACGAUUUUUAACAACAUGGCUGAAGAACAAGAAUAAUAAUUUACACUGGCCUUUCAGUGUUUCAAACUAGCGUGGAUUUCCCAAAGUAUGCUGGGAUUUCUAGAUUUGUUCUCUCUUGUACGUGUACAGUGGAACAUUUGUCUUGUCAAGUCUCCUGUCUAUACCUGUUUCUUCACGUAUUUCAACUGGCUCUUUUGCACUGUUGUUGAAUGUGGAACAGUUUUCUUCCAAUGAAUUCUCUGUGAUGUAUUGGAUGUACAUGUAUUUCAUUUCGAGACCUGGUCACUUUAAAACAUCAGGGUUUUUCUAAGCAUGGAGAAAUUGGUUCAAGUUAGAAACUUGCUCAGUGGUGUUGACUUUAUUCCUUCCCUUUCCUUAACCUUUUUAAAAGUUUGUGUGAGUUCAGUAUUGUUCAUUUAUAUUUCAAUAAGAAAUGUUGCCUCGUAUCAAAUCUGUACAGCUCUUUUCCUGUGUGCUUUUAGUCAUUUCAGUAUUUAACUGAUAAACAACUUGUAACAGUUGUUACCAUCGUAGAGGAAGGACAUAGAAGGAGUUUGAACUGCCCGGGCUGUAACAUCUGGCCAAUUACCUCUUUCUGGCAUGCCUGGUAUGUCCAUAGC